AAAGCUACAUAAACCGGAAUUGUUUCGACAAUCCUCCGUCGUUGGAAAAACUCCAGUACCCGUCAGUCUUUUGUUUAUUGUCUAAAGUCACGAGGUGCUCUAGUUUUGGGGCGGAAUCAUUCUUUCUUAAGGAACGCAAGGAGAACUGCGUGCCCGGUACUCAGCCAAUAACUGUUGAAGCAUCAAGUGUCACCAAAGAAAGCCGCCAUGAGUCACCAGCGUUAUUAACUACACAACCACGACUGACACUUCGAGCAAGUUCAGCAUAAUGCCUAUGACUUUUGAGGUGUCAAAAAGCGUGACACUCCUGUUUGACUUCUGGCAUGUGAACAGCCCUGGGGGAAUGUUUGUGUCAGUGCUCGUAGUCAUGCUCCUGACAGUCUUCUACGAGCUUCUCAAAGUGUGGAGGGUUUGGCUUAGCAGGAGCACGGUGUUGGUUCAGUAUUCGAGUCCUUAUGGCAGUGUGCCAUCACAACAGAGUGACAGCAGAUCUGUGCUGGAAAAUACACCCUCUGAAUCCUCAAUGACUCCCAACGAAUUACAUCCUGUCUUUCCAAGAACCAGACGCAGCUUGUUGCUACAUGGAGUCCAGACAUUGCUCCACUUGCUGCAGGUGACUCUGGGCUACAUGUUGAUGUUGUGCAUCAUGUCCUUCAACACUUGGAUCUUCCUCGGCAUCAUUGCAGGUUCUGCACUGGGUUAUUUCAUCUCAUUCCCUCUGCUGGAUCAGCAUUGACAAACACUAAAAGCCCCACACCCCCCACCCCCCCUGGGAUUCAAAGGAUGAUAUUUUUGGUGUGUGGAAAUCCUUUUGAUGAGCUGUUUCAAUGCUUCCUCUUUGUUUAGUAUUCAUUAAAAUGUCAGCGAAUCAGUAUAACACAGGACAUACCAAUUAAUUGUGGGCACACUGUAAGUGGUCCCCGCUCACCUCCAGUGGACAACUGAGGAUGUGUAAAUGACGAGGGUUGUUCUGUUAAAGGGACAUCAUGUUAAAGUUAGGACAACUAUAUGAGAUUAAAUGAUUUCAGGCGAUGAAAAUCGUGAUCAUUCAUAGCAGAUCCUCAAAGGGAGAAAACGUAUUAUCAACAAUGACUAUAUUAUCAGUAACUUGUUAAUCUAACAACUGAUUAUAUUGAAAUGUCAUUAAGAUAAUUGUUAAUUUUGUUGUUCACAGCUGAGCGCAAAGUUGUUUGAUUAAAAGAACAAAAAGAGCUUACAAUGUAAAGAUUGCUUUUGAUUC